CUUUUAUUCUCAUUGGUGUCUUUUGGGCGCGUUGUUGUUGGAUUACAGACAAGGAAAUAGUGAUUCUGUGUGUCGGGUUAUUUUUUUGCGCUAUUAUACAGUAUGCCCAUCCGCCCAAGUUAGCCCCACCUUCUUUUGAAAUUUUACGCAUGAAAGUUAUUAUGAUCAUUGGUAGUUUCUCCAAUCAAAUUCUGUAUUUGAGACAUCUACGAAAGUUUGCAGCCAUAAUCACCCGGUCGUGUUCCCACGCGUGUAUUCUCAUCAAGCCUCAAAGUGUGAGGUGGCGCCCAACUACACGAGCUAGUUCACUGGUGGAUUAUUAAUUGUGGAAAAGUGUGCAGUAAUUUGAUAAAUUAGAAAUGAAUACAGAAAAGUCAUCAACUCAGAUCUCUAUAUCAGACUCUCCAAUAUCAACUGUUUCUCCAAUUUCUGGAGUAUCAUCAGUUGAGAUGCAGGCACCACCUCCAAGUCUGAUUACCACAACUAUGGCAGUGACUUCAGGACCCAUUCCCAUGGCAGUGACUUCAGGACCCGUUCCCAUAGCAAUGACUUCAGUACCUAUAUCCAUGACAAUGAAUUCAAUACCUGUUUCCAUGGCAAUGACUUCAGGACCUGUUUCCAUUUCAGCAACAGUGUCUCAUCCAAUAACACCUGCUACACCAGCACCAGCACCACCUCGAGAAGAAAUGGCUACACCAGCACCAUGUCAUACUCCAAUUGCUCCACCCCAGACUCAGUCCUCAAUGCAUCCUACUACGCAUCAAAAUAUAGGACAGACAGCAAUUGCAAAUGUGGCAUCCUCUUUGUUUCCACAGGUGCAAGUGAUCCAUAAUCCUAGUUGCUUGCAGCAGCUGUAUCCUCAGCCACAAAUGCUCCUUCCUGGAAACCUCACCAUCCAACAAGCUAGCUUGGGUCAGUCACUGCAAAAUAUGGGAUCUGCACCAACUCUUAGCUUUCAGCUGCAAAACAAAGGACUGAUGGACCAAAAAGGAGUGGCUGUCACAGGUCCAACUCUAAUUCCAGCAGCACCGAUACAGUCAGUAAGCACAGUUGGGAAGGGAAAUGGGAUUAGCACAGCCAACCUUAUAUCUGGAGGAGGACAAGUUAUUGCAACAGGUGGGAAAAGUUGUGUUGUAGGACAGAUGAUCUCAGCAAAGUCUACUGCUGUUAUUCAAGGUCAGGCAGGGUUUGUCCCUUCUACCACAAGCCAGCAGGCAGUGGUGAUUGGUCAGUUAGGAGUGAUUUCCAGCCAGGCAUCCAUUCUUCCUACACAGAAUAAAGCCAUUGGUGACAAUUCCAGAGGGAAGCAACCCUUUGUUAUGGGAAAUAUGACUUCCAUGUCAUUUAGAUCCCCUUCCCUACUUCCACCUAAGAUUAUGAGCCAGGGUGCUGCACUACAACCAAGGUCACCCAUUUAUCCUUCUCCUAUAUCAUCAAUUGGAUCUUCACCCCAGUCUUUCACUAGCACUCAACUGAAACAGUUCACUUCCUCACCCCAAAUCAUAUCAUCACAAACUCCAGCAGCCAUGAUAGCUAGUCAUUCCCAGAUUCUAGGAUCUAUUCAAACACUUGGUGCUCCUUUGGGUCAACCAAUAGCAUGGGCUACUCCAGGGGGACUUCAGUCUCCUGCUGUUCUAACUCAGAAUCCCAUAUUCAUAAGGAGCCAACAUUCUGACAUGUUUAUUCAGUCACCUUCUCCAGCACCAGCAGCUUUACAGGCAGUGUCAAUGGCAAGUGCAGGUGCUGUAUCAGUCUCUGCCACUGGUAUCCAAGUCCAGAAGCAAAAGCAGGUACGUCCUGCUAGCUCAGUGGCUACUCAAACAGCAAUUUCUACAUCUUCAUCUACACAUUACCAAUCAAAUGCUUCUGUUCGCUCUCAGGUUAAACAAAGAGCUCGUGCUCAGAUUGCUCGACAGACUUCAUCUCAAGCCUCAGGAACACAAGCACAACAAGUUUCUCAGACAACUAGUAGCCAAACUCAAACUAAUUCUCCUCAGAGCAUGAAGGCUGAUGCAGCUAAUCAGACAAAGCUUUCUAUUGAUGCUCGUAGUCAUAAUAUACAGAGUAAAUCAACUGGCACUGAGACGAAACAGCAGUCAGCCCAGGUAAAGCCCAGUCAUAUUCCUGUCAUCCCCAUAACAACAGCUCUCGUGACAGCCACUACUGCUACAAACACUAAUACUAACAUUACUCUUCCUGUGAUGGUGAGCAAGAAAGAAAAACGAGAAGAGGUGAAAAAGGAGAAUGAAGUUUCCACCCAAACACUAAACAAAAUCCCUGCUGUACCUAGAUUCCUUGAGAAAAAAGAUGCUGCCACAGGAAAUGAUGCUCAUAUCUAUCCCUUACUACACGAACAGGCCAAAGAGAAACAGCCACAGAAAGCUAUUGUCAAACCACAUAUUUUAACACACGUGAUAGAAGGCUAUGUUAUUCAAGAAGCUCUAGAUCCUUUCCCAGUGAGCAGAUCGGUUCUAACAGCCUCAUCUCAAGCUAAACAAGUUUUAUCAGGAAAACCAGUGUUGACUGGUGUCACUCCAUCACUUAAAGGAAAAGUAGGAAAAAGGAAGCGAGGUCGAAAAGCAUGGAAAAAAUGGAGAAAGCAAAGUGAAAAAACAACUUACAAAGCUAUUAGUAGCUGGAACCAAGGAGAUGAAGUUAGUGCCAUGGAUUCUCAGAUAGGAAAUGAAGAGUUAACAAAGCAGGUGACUCAAAUGGAGGAAACAGAAGGAGAAACAACAGACACACCUUCAGGACCAGAGAGUUCUGUGUCUCCAAACACACCUUCCAGUCAUCGGGAAGAGAUGGAGGUUGAGACUCAAGAGAUUGGUGCAACCCCAAAUAAAAAUCCACUGAAAUGGACGGUUCUAGAAGUGUACGAGUAUAUCCGUGGGCUUCCUGGCUGUUCUGCUUAUGCAGAAGAAUUUCGUUCUCAAGAGAUUGAUGGUCAAGCUCUCCUACUGCUCAAAGAGGACCAUUUAAUGUCUACAAUGUGUAUGAAGCUUGGUCCAGCUUUGAAGAUUUGUGCUCGCAUCAACACAUUAAAGGAUGAAAUACCAUGAAAACUGAUAAUUACUGCUCUGCACGAAUCAAGAAGGAGAAUAUAAAGAAAUGAAAGGGAUAAGAAGGGUGGUGCUGGCUUUUUAUCGUCUAGUAUUUUGGUUUAAAUAAUUCAAAAAGAAGGGUAAUCUUGUGUAAGUUACAAGGCUUUUUAUGUCCUUGUUGGGUCACUUGACUGAAUCCAUAUUGAAAAACUAAUUAACUUCCUGGAUGGAUUUUUCCAUUUUUAAACAGCAAGCAAAAUGGCUGUGAUUUAUUUCAAAGCAUAACAUAAUUAAACUUUCUUGUAACAAACCAGGCAGUAUAAACCAGACUUAAGUGUUGUAAUCAUUAUUUUGAUUGUUACAAUGGGAAUUAGAAUAAUGAUAGAGAUUUUAACUUUUUUAUAAUAGUUUUAUUUAAUAACCCAACACUUCUGCAUGUUACUUAAUUGCAAUACAAUAAUAAUACUAUGAAAAUGGUUAUGUACUGACUGAGGGUGCAUUAUGUAUUUAGUGAGUAAAAAUUGAAAAAUAUUAUUAUGUCAAAUAAAUAAUUUUAGUGUUACCUGCAGUGUAUGAUUCCACAAGAGAAAUUUUAUGGUUUACUGAUCUAGCUUUGCCAAAUAGGUAAACUUUGCUCAAGUUACCAAGGUUGAUGAUAUCAUCAAGAGGGCUUAGAGAUCUAUAAUUGAUCAAAACUAAACUUUGAGAAUGAAUUUAUGAUAAUCUAUAAGCAUGUCAAGUUUCAUCAAGAUUGUAUGUUAUCUUCACAUAUUUUUAUCUUUGUUUUGGAAUCCACCACUCCUGACAUUGCACCCAAUCUUGAAGUCCCAUGUGGAAUAGGGUUAAUUAGAUAAUUUGCAUAUAAAUGUUAUUCCCUAAAGUGGAUUUUGGAUAUGUUACAGAGAUCAAAAUUCUGGUUCUAUUGUUAUCAAAAGCAACUUGAUAAUUUUUUUCCUUGUUUUCUCUUCCAUGGCCAUAUUUGUUAAUGAUAGUUCAUAGACUGUUUUAAAAUUUUGCAGAACUGUAUGUUUUUCACUAAUAAUACUUCUGCUUGCUUAUUUUUGUAUCUCUUAGAAUCUUUAACAAUCAUAGAAGAGUUAAGCUAUUUUUUUGUGAUUUUAGUGACAAAUGUUAGCUAAUUCUGUAGGUGUCUGUAAUUUCUGUUUGAAUUUUGUAUCUAGCUUCUUUUUUGUUAGAUAGAGAUUUCCUCUCAAUGGUAUACAAUUUUUUUCUUCAAUGAAAUAUUAAUUUUUUUUAAGUUUACUAAUCACCUAUGAAGUUUUUUGCAAUUUGAAAUUCAACUUUUUAUAUGUACCUACAUAACUUUUUUUGAAACUGAAAGCCAGUUUUUUUUUGUAUAUCCCUUUGUUUUUACAAGAAUGUAGAGCCAUCAUUUUCUUACAGAUGAUUUGCUGCAAUUCCAGGUAUGGUAUCAAUAUUUUGUACAUCACCAAAUGUGUAAAAAUCCUUUAGAUUGGACAUUUCAAUUAAGAAUUCAUUCAAAAAAAUGGAUGAUUCUUAGAUUUGGAAGUUUCAAGAAUCUGUUUUAAAAGAAUUUUGUUGCUCUGUGAAAAAUGUGUACCUUCAUCAACUUGAUUGUUCAGUUGUUUGUAAUCCAAUGACAACAGUUGUUGCUUCAUGUUUUCAUUUAAAAGGUUAUUCUAUUGGUUUGUGUUUAAUUCUUUUGAAUGGGGAUUACUUUUAGAUAUAAAGAUUGUUUUUGAUAUCAGUAGAACAUGAGAGACCAGGCUGAAGAUAUCAUAUAAUGGUAUCUUUUACCUAAGAACUUUUAAAACCUCUUGUACAUUAUAACUAAUUUUGCCCAUUUCACAAGAUUGUUGAAAUAGGUUAUUUCACGUGCUCUGCUUCUUUUCUUCCUUUGUAAAUAUUUAUAUUCAAGCUGUGAUGAUUGCAAAGCAGAUUGUCACAACUGAAAUUACCAUAUAAAAAAUAAAAGCAAGCUUGGAACAAGUAUUACUUUUGUAUCUCCUAGAAUCUUUAACAGUCAUAGAAGAGUUGAGCUAUUUUUUGUGAUUUUAGUGAUAUAUGAAACUUACAUUAUACUCAGUUACUAGGCAUGACAAAUUUUAGCUAAUUCUGUGAGUGUCUGUAACUUCUGUAUGAAUUUUGUAUCUGGCUUCUUUUUUAUUAGAUAGAUAUAUCCUCUUAAUGGUAUAGAGUUUUUUUUCAAUGAAAUGUUAAUUUUUUGGAAGUUUACUAUUCAUUUUCUUGUUCUAUAUUUUAAUGAAUUGAAGUAGUUAAAGAACCUGGGUUUAAAUGAAACAGUGGAAGGUUAGAUUUAUCAUUUUAUGUAAAAUAUAUGGAUCACAUGUCAGUGGGAAACUAUUAUUUGUCACUAGGUUUUGAAAUGCGAGUUAUGGAAGCAGGUGUAUAGGAUUGUUAUAGAAAUUCCAGUAUGUGGUUGUGGACAAAAAAAAAACUUUUAUUUUUAGUAAUUCAGAAAUGACCUAUUCUUCAAAGUUCGCUUGUAAAACGAUAGUUUAAUAUGGUGUGAGAAGAGUGAUUUGAUUUGGGUUAUUCAGUUAUGAAUAAUCAUGCUGAGUUAUAUUUGUCAAAAUGAUUAACGUUUAUGCUCGAAAGAGUUCCAGUGCACCUGUAUGUCACGAAAUCAAAAUAUUUGAUUUUUCUUUUGAAAGAAAUCUUUUAGAUUCAUCAUAUUUACAUAAAAAUAUUUUUAACUACCAGUACAUGAAUUCCAAAUAAUUAUGGUGUACAGUUAGCUGUAUACUUGUUUAAUUUAUGAAUAUACAGUUAGUUUCAUGAUACUAUGGUUUAUGAAAGGGUAAGCAUAAGUAUUAAUUACUUAGUAAGCAAAAGUAGAGUGUGUGUAUAUUCAGUAUGUUUUUUUGUAUAUCAGGUAAGUUCAAAAGUGUAUGUGGUGACUCGGGCUUAAAAAGCAGAUAUGAAUGAUAGAUUUUAGAAAGGUUAAUUUAGAAACAUUCUCAAAUGAUAUUUGUUUCUGUAUUAAUAUACAAUAUAAAAUCUUUAUCUUAUAUUUUAUAUUUGCUUGUUUAAAAAUUAAUUUUUUUUGCAAAAGAUAUAUAUAUAUAUUUUUUAUGUUGGGCAAAGCUCCAGCAGUGGUUGAAUGUUGAGUAGUUUUGGAAGUUGGACUUGUGGACCAUCAAGUGUACUUCAUUACAAAUAUAUGUCCUUUAGCUAAUGAGAGAUUAACUAAGUGUGGAUUUUGGUAGUGUAAUAAAAUGAGUAACAAUUUUAUACAACUCUUAUUAAAUCGUACAAACUAUUGUUAAACCUUGAGUAGGAUAAUACAGCAGUAACUGGUAGUAAUAGUAACACACAACCAGUUAAACUAAUGCUCGUUUUUUUGUUUGUUUCUUUUUCAGUUAUUUUCCCCAUACCAAUAACUGUUUUUUAUUAUUAGUAGUAUUAAUGUUUCUUAUAAAUGUUUUCUGGUUAAGAUAAUUGACUUGUAUACAUGAUGUAUGUUCAUAAGUUUAGAUAACUUCUGUAUAUUAGUUAUUACUUAUGAUAGAAAACAUGCUUUUGACAUUCAGUAAAAAAAUGUGGAUCCCAGUGAUUAGCUCAUGAAGACUUAAAAGAAUAAUGGCCAGGUCCUUGCUAUAUGGAUAUCAAUAACAUAUAAGUGAAUUCAUUCACAUGUGCUAACCCUAAGAGAAGCAACUAACUCUGGAAUUACAAAACAGUUUUCUUUGUUGUGUAAAUUUUAGGGGUAUAAGAUAAUCGUGACUCAAAAGGAAAAGCGAACUGCUGCCUAUGGUAACAUCUUACUGUAAGACCAGAGUGUGAUUGACUAGAUCACUUAGAGCAUCCUCCUGUUAUUGUAAUGUAUAUUUCUAUUAUUGAAGCUGUCUUGAGAAUUCCCAGGAAACUUAUAUAGACAGAAUAUAUUGUAAUAUUGCCUGGGUUGGUUUUGUUUAUAGAUGUUGAAAGGUCAUUUAAUAGUAUAAAUUGCAUGCAGCAGGUAACAAUAUAUUUUAUCCAUUAUGCUGUAUUGCUGCUAUCUGUUAAUUAUAAUACCAAUAUCUGACAGAGAUGCAUUUUUUAAUGUUUUUUGUGGUGGAGAACUUUAGAUUUACAACAUGAAAAGCAAAAUUAAAAAAUUAUUUGCAUCUACUGACAUAAAACUAGUAGAGGAUUUUACUGUAAAUUGCUGAUAGUACUGAACAACCAGUAAAAAACUUCUGUUAAAUUGAUAAAAUAAUUUAAAUUUUAAGUAAUUUAGUGUUACUAGCAGAUGAAAGUUAAUGAAUCUAGGUAAAUAAGAAUACUUUAUUAAUGUGUAGGAUAGGAUGGUAACUGUGGAAAGAUGCUAAGAAAAAUUUGAUUUUAUGAAACUGUUUUAUCAGUAGAUGUAGCUUUUUUGCCAAAUGUUGGUUUGUUAUUUUUGAUAAAAUGAAUUGUUUAACUUUUAUAUGCAAUAUGUAUGAGAUAAAAGAUGUAAAGGUAAAAUGGUAAGUAAGAGAUUUGGUAAGGAGUUUAUUAAUUAAUAUUCUCUACUCUGUUUUUGCAAUUAUGGUAUGCUAAAUGAAAAACAUAAAUUAGACAGGUAAUCUAAAUAAAAAGAGAUAUAUUUAUAAAUUAAAUAUGUUAGUUAUUCAAUGGUAUAAGAUAGAGUUUUGAAAUAUAUUUCUUAAAUAUUAGCUUUAUUGUUGUUGAAAGGCACUUAUAUGAUGUUACAUACUGAAAUAAAUUUGUGCAAAAGUUGUAAUACAGGUAAAACUGAAUUUUUAAAGUGACAUGUUAAAUUAUAUUCAAUAUUUUAUGCAUACUAAAGUUGCAACUGAGCAUUCUUUAACUAUAAGAAUGAUGAUGUUUUGUUAGUCUGUAUAUAAAAUCCAGAAGUAAAAGAAAAAGUAUGUGACUUGUUUGUACUUGUACUUCUUGACAAUCACAUGUAAUGCUCGGAUUAGUGUCUUGUAAACUACAAUUUUGAAGGAAUGCCUGAAAAAUCCAGGGUUUUAAUCAUGUUUUCUACACAUGCAGCCACUUGUUGAUUUAAAUCAGUGUUGUAUAGUUUGUAUGUUUACAUGUAUUUCAGAGCUUUGUUAAAAAAGAUUGUCUUUCAAUUUCCAGUUGCACAUUUUAAUGUGUGAACUCAAUAUCACAUUUAUUACAAUUUGUUUAUAUAUAUGUAUAUAUUAUAUAUAUAUUUUUUUUAUAUUCUAGUCAAAAAUUAUAUACUAGAUGUGCUUAUUCAUUUACUAUUAUUGGCUGAAGUAAAUGUGACUAGACUAUCUUUAGGUUAUUAUCAGGAAAAAAUAUUUAUAUGUGGCAGAACUAUCUUGGAAGUAGUUAUCAUGUGGAAAUUUGUGUGUGAAUUAUAUGUAAUAGGACAGGAUUACCUGGGAAGUGGUUAUCAAGAGGAUAGGACCAUCUUGGAAGUAAUUAUCAGGUGGAAAUUUUCGUUUGCAUUACAUGUGGUAUGACAAGAUUAUCUGGGAAGUGGUUAUCAGGAGGAACUCUUCAUUUGAAUUACAUGUGAUAAGACAGGACCAUUUUGGAAGAGUUUAUUAGGUGGCAAUUUUCAUUUGAAUAAUAUGUGACAGGACAAAACUAUUUGGGAAGUGGUUUUUCAAGAGGAAAUCUUUAUUUGGAUUACAUAGGAUAUCUUUAAGUAGAUUUUAAAAAACCUCUUUGGAAUUAUUUUAACAUAUUACACAUCAUUGAAUUAAUUAGUCUGUUUUAUUUGUAAUAUUUUCUUGGUAUAAACUCCAUUCAUUUAUUAAAGUUCAAAUCAAAAUAAUGUUUAAGAGAAUGCUUGCCAAGUGCAGUAUGUUGUCAAAGUUGCUUUUUGUUACAUUUAAAUGUACCAUGAAUAGCACUGUUGUUUAAAUCUUCACAGGGUUACCUUGUGUCAAACUUUUAUAAUUCAUUGGUUUUCAAGUUGAGAAGUAAAAUAAAAUCUAAGGUUUGUCAGA